GCAGUGGAUGGACCUGCCUUUCUAGCGGUAAAGGUGUUUAUCCAUUCCGUGACAUCUUCAACGUCGGAAGGUCCAAAAUCCAAUCCCGUCUUGCAGGUCUGAGAAAUAAAGUGGAUCGACCGCUAAAAGUUGAAUUCAUUCUCAGCAGUUCAACACUCCAAUAUAGAGCGACGCCAUGCCGCCCCGAAUACCAGGCGUGCAGCGCCUAGGCACUUUCUCCUUAUGUCUACGACCAGCCAUAAAACCGCCCACUUCGUCCCUCCUCCCCGUUACACAAACCGCCUCUCUGUCGCAAAAGGAGAAGAGGCGUCUAGCGAAACAGGAUCCUUACCGAUGGGCUCAGAUGCAGCAGCGCAAAGCUGCCCACCUGAAGAGACGAGAGGAGAUCGAAGCUAUUAGAGAAGCGCAGCAUGGCGAUUCUAUCCGUGGUCUCACGACCCCCUUCGUCGAGUCCUUCGACUCCGCCGGCCAAGCCCUACUGUCUAAGCCGCCGGUCGACGACGACGGGAACCCGCUGGAGGAACCGCAUGAGCUCCCCACCUCGCCCCAUGUCCUAAACAACCUCAUCCACAAGGAGGAGCUGGAUGCCGCGAUCGAUAUGGCCUAUACUCUAACGCGGCCGAUCCCGACGGAUCUCUCUCCUGUUGGAUCGGAAGAGUACCAGAAUCAGGUCGAACGCCAUGAGAAAAACCACGCAAGGGCGGUCGAGGCCUUGAACCGUAUUACGCACAUGGAUAACGGCUCCGCGAAGGAUAGAUUACAUGCCAAUAUCCGGCGGUGCGUGGAGACUUUUGGGAGGCACGAAACCGAUGGUUUUCUAAAGCCUAAAGCUCUUUCACGAGGACAGGAGAGGGAAGAGCUACCAGUGCGAGGCGGUCCGGACACCGGAAGUAGCGAGGUGCAGAUCGCCAUCCUGACGGCUAAGAUCCGGGCUUUGGCCAACGAGUUAGAGAAGGGGCGAGGUUACAAGGAUAAAGUAGGUAAGCGAGAUCUAAGGUUGAUGCUCCAUCGACGACAGAAGUUACUGCGGUAUAUGGAGAGAAAGGAAAGGGGAAGUGAUAGGUGGAAUCAUAUGAUCAAGACCCUUGGUCUGAGUCCGGCGACCUGGAAGGAGCAAAUCACGACGUAAGACUCCUGGACGUGCGUGCUAUUUGGAGUGUACCAUAUAGGUGGCCUAGAUGCAUACUCUGUAAUAACAUGUGCUUAUGUACAAUACAACAAACACCAGCAGCAAUUCGAGACGCGCGAGAGCUCUAACUGUCUGUCCAUCAGCCUAGCGCCAUUGAGAAAAAAGAAAAGAAAAAGAAAAGAAAAAUCCCAUGACAAUCACAGCUUUGAAUGCUAUUUCCUUGGUAUCCCGUCCAUUAGUUCUACAGUUUCGAAGAGAGCGAGGGGUGGCCGUAAAAGCCCAUGCGAGAAAUCAGAAUACGCUGAUAUAGUUGCCGAUCCUCUCCUUCUGGUUCUGUGCUAUGCACUCGGCGAUCCACGUGAUGUUGCGGAUUUC